CUCCUCCGUUACGUUGCAGCAGAGUUACCGUCUGACACGAGAGAGGAGCGGAGGCACUGAACAGCUGACCACCUCGCGAAUAUAUGGACUUCAUGCGAUGGGUUUCUCGGAGAUUUUUUUAGCCAUCUUCCUCUCCACUCACUACUUCGGCACAAUCCUCUUCAUCGCGUGGCUUUUCGCCUACGGGGAACCCACAGAGCUCACCAACUAUGGAUUGCUUAAUUGAAGUUGGGCCACCUGAUCCUGUUUGCGCCAGGACAACCGACCAACAUUAGAGUAGGAGAAGUCGUUAUGGACAGUUGUGCAAAUCGUGCAUUUCCUGCUCAGAGAACUGGUGUGAAAAGCAGAAUUUCAAUCUCAGGAUAUCAGAUAUUUUUGUGCGUAAAGGAUGCGGACAUAACGGCUCCGUUCAACGCUGAUUAAAAUAUUCUGCGCUAUGUUUUAGUAAUUAUGGGAGAAAGCUGUAGUUAGAAUAGAGGGUGUGUUUGUGAGACUGAUUUGUUUCUGCCGGCUUUGAUGUGAGAGUGGCGGCCAGCUUUUAUUGCGCGCAUACCAAUUGUGCGCUGCAGAUUAGCCGCUCCGUUACCACAGGCGAUCCAAGCCAGCAGGACCAGCAAUCUUUGACAGGCAACAGGCCUCACCAACCACUGUGAAAGCUUCCACUGGAAAUCAUUUUCCAACUCCUGUUAUUUGAACUUUCACUACAACAGAGAGAGUUUUUUAAAGCUGCACCCAAGUGCACCAGUGAGGCAGGAGUAAGCCAUGGCUUUACCAGAUAGUGGCAUAUCUGGGGAGGAGGUUCCCUUCCCAGAGAUUAUAGAGCUCAAUGUUGGUGGCCAGGUGUACAUAACCCGCUUUUCUACCCUCACAAGUGUGCCAGACUCCCUGCUAUGGGAGAUGUUCAGUCGGAAGUCAGCCAAAGGACUGGCCAGGGACACCAAGGGUCGCUUCUUUGUGGACCGUGAUGGUUUCCUGUUCCGUUACAUCUUGGACUACAUGCGGGACCAGCAGCUGGUUCUGCCAGACCACUUCCCUGAGCGUGGACGACUGCAGAGGGAGGCUGAGUUCUUCAACCUGCCAGAGCUUGUCAAACUGCUUGCGCCUAAAAUCAGCAAGCAAAACUCGCUCGGCGAUGAGGGAUGUCAGAGCGACCCAGAGGACUCCUCACCUGGGAUUGACACGGGCCGUAACCUCAGCUCCCUGGGUGCUGCUGCUGCCGCCUGUGCCAGCCUGGUGCCCGGUGCCAUGGAUGGCAAACGGUCUGGGUUCAUCACGAUUGGCUACCGAGGCUCCUACACCCUGGGCCGUGACAGCCACACUGAUGCCAAGUUCCGCAGAGUUGCACGGAUCAUGGUGUGUGGGAAGACCUCUCUGGCCAAAGAGGUGUUUGGGGAGACACUGAACGAGAGCCGUGACCCCGACCGCCCCCCUGAACGCUACACAUCCCGCUACUAUCUCAAGUUCACCUUUCUGGAGCAGGCUUUUGACAAGCUGGCAGAUGCAGGCUUCCACAUGGUGGCCUGUAAUUCCACAGGAACCUGCGCCUUUGCCCAUGAGCAGACGGACGACAAGAUCUGGACCAGCUACACUGAAUAUGUGUUCUACCGUGAGUGAGACUAUCGGCUUUGUUCCCCUGGUCCCCCACCCUGUCUCCAAGUGCCCCCCUUCUCCAGCCUCCAGCCAUCCUGUCCUUCUCUCUCUGAUGGCUCCUGCACCAGUAGAUGUACCGUAGAUGUUGUGCCGCUCCAUCUCUUUCUGCAGCCUCCUGCUUUUAUCCUAUGAACAGUAGCUGCUCCGACUCUUCAUACCUUCUCUGCAGGUCGAAUCUGCAGCCCUCCCCCUCAACCCCAACAUCCAUUCCCUUCAUCCUCAGGUCCAGCUUUGCCCUUGCUUAAACCGUUGUUCCAUCUAGUUGUAGUCCCCGGUCCUCAACCACAGCAACCCUACAGCCUUUCCUGCAGAGACUGAUACGUUCUAUGUACUAUUACCCUUUUGUACCCUAUAUAUUGCAUCUGCCUUGGUGAAGCACAAUAUCCAAGAGCUAAUUUUGUUAAAAAAAGUGCCCCGGUGUGUCCGUAUGACAUUUAAAGCAGUCAUAAGGGCAUAAGGGAAAGGGCUUCAGAGAGUGGCCGUGAUGUACAGUGCUAUACUUUGCCUGCUUACUCGAGCAGAUUGGACUCUCUCCUGCUCCUCUGAACUAAAUUACCAAAUAAUUGGACAUCUUAUCAGCCUUGAGGGACGUGAGCAGCCCCAGCACAAGAAACAAGUGUACCACACAAAUCUAAUAUCAUUCAGUUUUUCUUAAAAGUGUCUAGUACCACGUGGUUGGGAACGUGCCAUAUUGUAGUUAUCUGUUCAGUUGUUGAAUGAGCGAUAAAAGCCACAUGGGCCGAGGGGAAAAAAAUGCUUUGAGCUUUUCUAUUUUGAAAGGGAAACAUAGACUGUAGGUGUGUGGACUUUCCUUCUCAAAAAGACGCUGAUUGUGUGGCAAAUGAACAAGCAGCUGGCUUUGAUAAACAACAAUGAAAAAUCUCAAAUCUCAAGAGAUCUCGUAGACAGAAAGACAAAAAAAAGGUUGCCAGAUGAGGUGCUUGUAUUGAUUGAGCAAUGGAGCUUUCAAUAUUUAAAUCACCCACGCUGGGAGGGCCGAGGAGAUGGAAGGUGUUACAUCACUCACAGCCCACUGCUCUAUUAUUUCGCUCAUUGUGCUUCUUUGACAUUUCUUUUCUAUAUGACAUACUUAAGAGCAGUUUAAAAGUGAAGUGCUUAUUAGGACAGGCUUACACCAUGACUACAUGUUGUUUCCAAAAAGAAAAAAAAAAUGUGGUAGUCACCUUAGCGGAUCACGUUUUGAGUGUUCUGUACACAAUGUUAUUCUUAAUAAUCAGUUGGGUAUUAAUUUAAGUUGUUGCAUAUUUGAAGAAAGCUCUCACUGAAAGUGAAUACCAAUAAGAAGGGGUAGGAUUACACUGUAGCCAGCCGAAGCACAAUGUUUUCUCUCUACUGUAGCAAGGGCAUUGUGAGGGCAGUUUAUAGCGAGUGGGUAUGCCUUCAGUUAUAAAGGAUUGAGUUAAGAAAAAGUAUUUUCCAGAUACAGCCUCAGGACAGGUCUGCACAUCAUAUAUACCUCAGACUAAAACACAAACUGAAGGCACUAAAGAUCCAGCUGACGACAUAAAAAUGCAGACAAUGUUAGGAAAAUAUCCCAAAAUGCAGAUAGUGUAACAAGAUUAUGAAUAAGAGGUUGAAUAUAAAGUGAUUUUUGAGGUGAGAAAUAGCCAUCGAGGCAGUAUAGUGCAGGAUUUCUCCUGAGCUGGAAGGUGUCAGGUUGUAGUUUUAGCAGAACGUCUGACAGUGACAAUAAAUGUAUUCUGAAAUGUCUAGAAACCGCAAUGUUGUGUUUCAGUGUGAUGAAGUGCUGUUGACAUCUGAGUCAAUAUGUUAGACCUGCUGCAGUGUGACGCUGCAGACGUAGACGACACUGAAAUUAAAAGUGUUCAGCAAAAAAAGCAAAAUUGAUUUGUCAAAUAAAAGAUGUUUUCUUUCUAUUCGGGUUGUAUUUUCCAUUCAUAGCUAAAUGUUUUCUCAGUAUUGAAUGGCAUUCAGUAUAAACCAUGAGGAAAAAAUGCUUCAUGCCCACACGACUGCAGUUUCAAUUUUUAAUUUCCAGCGACAAUACAACCCAAUCAGAAGUAAUUCAAAUUUUCACCUCACCAUUUCCUAUUAAAGGAAAUGUCCUUGGACAUAAACUCAACUUACAUUACACGUUCAACACUCUACCCUCAGGCACAAUCUCCCUCAUGCUCCCAUCUGCUUUUCCACUUUUUCUCCACAUUUUUUCCCCUUCAGCUCGGUCUUUUUGCGUGCAGCUGACCAGAAAACAGCACGAUAGAAAUGAGGACAUGCAUAGAUAACGGCCUCUUUUAAAGCAGCUUAUAAAACCCUUGUUUUGUUAUCAAUAAUUGACCUAAUUACUACUUACAGUAAAAAUUUUGAAGCAGAUCAGGCCUAAAAUCCAGGACUGUGAAAUACUGUACGCUUCACAAGAUUAGAGAUGUUUUUUGAUGCCAAUUUAAAAAAACAAAAAACAACAUUUCUAUGGAGCACACCCACGUGAAGAACAGUGGGCAUCAUUUACACUCGUACAACAACCAGGGUUAUGCUUAUGUAGGUGAAGCUGUAUUAUGACUCAGAUUUUCUUUACCAGGAGAUUAUCACAUGCUAAUUAGCUUAGUAUGAGACCUCUAAACCUGAUCUCAGCCUGGCCUAGAUAAAAGCAUAGCUGAUGAGCUUCACAAAAAGUGUUCAAAAAUGUAUGUGGCUGCCUUCCUGGAAAACAGAUGAUUUUUUGUUGCGGUCUGGAAUGCAUGACGAAUCCUCAGAGACUGACUGAGACAAUAACGUGCCCGCAGUGUCUCUUCAGCCCAAACAAACACAGUCACAGGCAGCAUUCCUCCGUCACUGUCCUCCAGCGCACCAAUGCAGCUCGGGAGCGUCAAGGUCAGUCAUUAGCACAAGCAUGAAGAGACACGCCUCAUGUGUGAAAUUUCAGGCAUCAGUGUUACCAAACCUCUCUCACUCUUUACCUCCAUGAGUCGCCUUGAGACUCAACAUUCAACAGUGGAUGUGUGAGAAGUGUUGAACAGCAGCAGCAGGCCAGGCUGUGAUCAAAAGCUGCUUGGGGUUUGUUUUUUUCUUCUUUUUUUUUUUUUUUAAGCUCUGUUGUGAAACUGAAAAAGUGUAGCACGCCUGUCUCAUGUCAAACAAGAAGCAGGUUCUAGUUGUGUCACCAUAGUGGUUUGCUUGUUCUAUCCAGAGUGUUACAAUAAAGAUAUUUUACCAUGAAA